AUGCUUAGAUUCGGUGUCCGCGCUGCUCUCCGUCAACAGUCCCGCGCCCUUGUGCGUAACGAGUCUACUACCACCAAGGCUGCUGAGGCUGCCAAGGACACCGCCUCGAAGGCUCAGGAUGCUGCUCAGAAGGCUCAGGAACAGGCAAAGGCUCUUGGUGUCAAGGCAACUGCCUUCGUCGGAUCUGCAUCUAGCCAGGCGAGCGGUUUCGUCGGCAAGGUUCUGUCCUUCAAGGACCCUGUCCUUUACUGGGGCAAGGUCGGUGGUGAGAUUGCCAAGCAGGUCUACACUAAGGAGAAGAUGAGCCCUCCCAACGUCGUCGAGGCUCAGUCUGCCGUCCAGAACGUUUUGACCCAGCUCCGCAACCCGGAAACCUUCAAGAACGCUUCUCAGCAAGAUUACAUUAAGUGGGUUGUUUACGCAAUUGAGUUGAUGGGUUUCUUCGCUGUUGGUGAGAUGAUCGGUCGCAGAAACAUGGUCGGUUAUGAUGUGCCUGGAUUGAAGGAAGAGCACCAUCAUUAG